AUGGCCAUGGCCUUUGCAACUUUUUGCGUGUUCUGCUUCUUGAGUGCUGGUGCCUUCGGCGAAGACGUCGCCGUCGCAGCCAUGUCGGAAGACUGUGACGAGGAGUGCAGCCUGGUGCUGCACCAGCUGCGAGGCAUGAAGGUGAGCAGCUUUGAGGCGUCACUGGGCGUCUCUGACGACCCUGACGGUGAUGAUGAUGGCGACCUUUCUGAGACGCUGGAGCUGGGGCUCUUUCGCGGCAGCUGCCGAAACCCUGCCGACAUGACGGUCUGGAGGGGUGGAGGAAAGAAGAGCUUUAAUGCCGCCCUCAAUCACUGUGGCCGCUCCUGUAAGUUCGUCGGACCUUGGUAUGCCGGCUUCCCAUGCACGAAGGAUUGCAUGCAGAAGCGCGGCUACAGCGACCACUGUGCUUCUUGCAUGGCCGAGUUGGUAGGCUGCAAACGGGACCACUGCCUGAACCCUUGCUUCACCGACGACGAAAAUCCUUCGUGCGUAGAUUGUGUGAAAUCCAACUGCCGACACAAGAUGAGAGUGUGCAGCGGCCUUAAUACGGGAAGCCGCUGA